UUUAUUCAGCUGGAUAUCCUAAAACUUUAUGCAGGUGGUGAAAAGUUUGGACACUGCAGUGCGAUCACCUCAGCCAGUCUGGAGUGUGGAGGGCUCCCCUCCCUGCCCUCGUAGUUUCUCCUCACCCCCAGCAGCAUGUCCCAGGCUCUAAGGCUGCCUCUAGUCCUCCUCACUGCACACUACCAUGAUCAGAUGGGCUGCUGGAGGGAGUAAGGCUGCAUUUGCCUCGUUCUGCUCCUGGGCUGGCUUGGGGGCUUACUCUGGCUCCGGGACCAGCUACCGAUCAAGGUCAUCAGGACUGCUUUCUUCCCUGACUUUCUCUGUGUUGGUUGCUCUCCUGGCUUUCUCCCUGUGCUUUCCUGAAGUUGCGUGUCGUCAGAACGGCAGAGACAGACUGAGGUCCCCCGACUUGGAAACAUCUGGGGCUCCACUGAACAUUUCAGAGAGCAAAUUAAUCUCUAGACCUAGAGCCACCAGGGGCCCGCCUGGUCAGGCUGGAGGACCGCAGGGGAGGCAUGUGCGCAGCUACAAUCACCUUCAAGGAGACAUACGUAGAAGAAAGUUGUUCUCUUUCCAGAAAUUUUUCCUGAGGAUCGAUAGGAAUGGACAAGUCAAUGGAACCAAGAGCAAGGAUGACCCACUCAGUAUUUUGGAAAUCACAUCAGUGGAAGUGGGAGUGGUGGCCAUUAAAGGGCUGAACAGCAACCACUAUCUGGCCAUCAGCAGGAAAGGAGAGCUGUAUGGAGCGAGAGAGUUUGGUGUCGACUGCAAGCUGAAGGAGCGCAUCGAGGAGAACGGCUACAACACCUACGCAUCGGCUGAGUGGAAGAACAAGAAGCGGCAGAUGUUCGUGGGGCUGAACGUCCAUGGGAAGCCGUUGAGGGGAAUGAAAACCCGGAGGAAGAAAACAGCAACCCACUUCCUUCCAAUAAUGGUGUGAACCAAGGAGCCCACCUGGAGUGGAAACAGAUACACAGAGCACUGGACAUGAGAGGUUUUAAAUACCAGACAGCCAUGAAUUAAAGACAUGUGUUGAAAAAUCUCUCAUUUGGGAAAAGAAAAAGGCACUAACACUGUUAAACGAAGUGAACUCUGACUAGGUUGAGAUUGCUUAUUUCCUUUAGGUGAGAGAUGUUAAUCUGAGUUUUGAGUGGCACCAAAAGCAGGGGUCAUCUUUAUUUUUUUUACUGUGCCAAACAGUUUGAAGCUGAAGUCUGUGGACAACAGAGAAGAUACUAUCCAAGCUAGAUGUAUCGAAAUAUGGUAUAUAUAAUCCAACUUCUCCAGAGAGGCAGGGAAAAAGGUCUGGCAGAAAAUGGCAAAGGUAAAAAUCUGAUUAUCAUGACAACAUUAAAUAUUAAGAAUCAAAGCACAUUUAAAAUAACUGUUUGAUAUUUAACCACUGAGUUUUUGGCUGAAUUUUAUUGAUUUAUUUAUUUUUGUGAGAUAUUUAACUGGAAGGAACACCAGCAAUCC